GAGUCUUGCGGAGCUCAAUGUUUCAUGGUACUCCUUGCAACGCGUACAACCGCGUGUACUCCGAAGCGAAACGUUACCUGCUGUCUCGUUGCGGAGGAUCGGGACUGGUCUUCGUGUCCGUGACGGAAUCCUCGACUGACUGGGUUUAAAAAGCGACAAGAGAUCUUCAACGAGAAGUCCGGGUAGCGGCUGCGACCUUUUUUUUCGCGUGCAAACGCCCUCGUGGAAUCUCUAAGGGAGUAGGGUGGUAAUAGAGCGUCAGGGGAUUUCGGAAGGAGUCGCGAAAUGAGUGUCGAGGACGCCAUCAAUUACUCUCCCAGCGAGGAGGAGGACUAUUACGCUCUGUUAUCUUGCGACGAGUCUUCCACGGUCGAGCAGAUUACAGCGGAAUACAAGGUAUUAGCUCUUCAGUAUCAUCCGGACAAGAACGAUGGUGAUAAGGAGGCCGAAAAGAAAUUUCAACAAUUAAAGUAUGCAAAAGAGGUUCUAUGCGAUCCUGAAAAGAGAAGCAAUUAUGAUAAAUGGCGGAAUAGUGGUAUCAAAAUCAGUUACAAACAAUGGGUCGGCAUGAAGGAACAUGUGCAGCAGACUAUGCAUUGGAGCACACCGAAGACAAAGGACAGAAUGCUGCCGGAUGCGACCGAGGAGGCAGGUGGUUCACCAGCUCACCUCAAAGGUCACCCUACAAAUCCGCACAGGAGGGCUUCAGAAGGUGGUGCCACGAAUCUCUACUACCGUUCGGGUCAUGGACCCGUCCCGUUUUAUCAGGAGUCCAACGAGGUUGUCACGCAGAAGAAGAAGAAGAAGAAGAAGAGAUACGACUAUGGAAGAAACAAUCAUUUUUUGGAAAUAUUUCUUAAAGAGAUUUAAAAAAAAUAAUAAAUA